GGAACUUUUAUGAGUUUGAACCCUCGCCAAGAACUCUCGGCUUCGUCAAAGGAGAAUGGAUUUCAGCGUAUGCAUAGCGAUACUACACAUAGCGAUCACAUAUACAACUACAUAGAAGAGCAGAAAGUUUCUCCAAAGAAAUUUUUCAAUCAAAGAAACUUCUCUGUCGUCACACAAAACAUAAAACUGCGCUACGCAUUGAUCUCAGCAGCAUUUAUAAUCGUUCUCGCAGUAAUCCUGACCGUCGUGCUUACAUUGAAGGCAAAAGGAAAUAACGAGGAUUCAGAAGAACCGAAAGAGUUAGUGCGUACAAUUUUUUUCGCCUUCAAUACAGAUUAUGAUGUGCAAUACAAAGAAGUCCGAAACGAUGACAAAUGCAAUCUUACCAAGAAUAUCGUAAGUACUCAACACGCCAUUUUGGAAAUGAAGGACCAACGCUUUCGAUUUAUCCUCUUUGCUGAUAAAGUCAAAACUUCUGAAUCGAUGGAUUGGUUGAAGGCUAUUGACAAGUUGGAAACUGCAAUGAGUCAUUCAAAUCCGCAAACAACUUUCAAACAGUAUCUUGUUUUGCAAGAAUUCGUGGACAGGGCAGGUAACGAUGAUCUUCUUGUGUACUUCGUACCUUGUAACUUCAACUAUAGCGCAAGCGACAGCGACAUGGAAAUUGUAAGGGCAAUGAUUCGCUUAGCUCACAUUGAGGAACAUGUGUUGAUCAUCUUUGCUAAAGAAGAUGGCGAGUCUAUCAAGGAGUGGUAUGGAGUAAAUAUCAGCCACGUUGUAGGAAAGGGAGAAAACGUAGUUGACAGAAUAGUAAGAUUUGUUUUGAUGGAAACCACGAAAGCAGAAUCAAGUAUCAGGACUGAGCCAAUAUUUCAAUCAACCGCCACUGUUGACGCUACAAGCACUUAUGUUGGAACGCCUACCAGUGAAGCACCAAAAAGCAUCAAUUGUGUCUGCGUGGUGGAUUUGCAAUACAUUACCAAAGCAAGAGAGAUAGACAAGGAAAAAAGUCUAAUCCUAAAAGUUACCGACACGCUUUUCAAAGAAAGGCAAGAUUCGACCGCUGGAAUUUGGGCUUACGGCGCAGUAGCACAAAAAACCGACUUUACAAAUGUUUUCAAUAACAUGUGCGAUACCUAUGAGAAAUUCGAAGCUGGAGCUCAUACAGCCAUGCAGAGAGGAUCUCGACUCAACGAUUUGGGUGAAAACUUUACAACAGUAAACACUGCAACUGGUCCAGAAGGAAAAGUGGAUAACUUGCUUUUUAUGUGGGGCGCAGAAUUCGUGCCGGAAAACUGGGUUAUCACUCCAGGUUACAACUACAAGAAUAUUGUAGUCGUUAGUCUGCAAGGUGCCAACUUCAUGGGUCAUAUAGAUGAUCGAGGAAAAAUUAUCAACGUUGUCCUCGAUGACUACAAAGAUGAGGAUGUCCAGAAAAUUGUUGAUGCAUUGAUUUCCUAG